CGCGGCUGGGUGCCUGGCUGGGGCGGCGGCGGCAGCGGCGGCGGCGCAGGCUAGAGGGCGGGCCGGGUCAGCUGCUGCAGGCGGGCCCGCGCGGAGCUGUGGGCGGCUGCCGAUAGUCCUGCCGCCGCCCUGCGUUCGCCACGAUGCCGGGGAUCGACAAGCUGCCCAUCGAAGAGACGCUGGAGGACAGCCCGCAGACUAGGUCUUUAUUGGGUGUUUUUGAAGAAGAUGCUACCGCUAUUUCCAACUAUAUGAACCAGUUGUAUCAAGCUAUGCAUCGGAUUUAUGAUGCACAGAAUGAAUUAAGUGCGGCAACACAUCUGACUUCAAAACUUUUGAAAGAAUAUGAAAAACAGCGUUUUCCAUUGGGGGGUGAUGAUGAAGUUAUGAGUUCUACUUUACAGCAGUUUUCAAAGGUUAUAGAUGAGCUUAGCUCUUGUCAUGCGGUACUUUCAACUCAACUUGCUGAUGCCAUGAUGUUCCCCAUUACCCAGUUUAAAGAAAGAGAUCUGAAAGAAAUACUGACGUUAAAAGAGGUGUUUCAGAUUGCUAGUAAUGAUCAUGAUGCUGCAAUUAACAGAUACAGUCGAUUGUCCAAAAAGAGAGAGAAUGACAAGGUGAAGUAUGAAGUAACAGAAGAUGUGUAUACUUCCAGGAAGAAACAGCACCAGACCAUGAUGCAUUAUUUUUGUGCAUUGAAUACUCUUCAGUACAAGAAGAAAAUAGCAUUGUUAGAACCUCUACUUGGGUACAUGCAAGCUCAGAUAAGUUUCUUUAAGAUGGGGUCUGAAAAUCUCAAUGAACAACUGGAAGAAUUUUUAGCUAAUAUUGGAACAAGUGUACAGAAUGUUCGCAGGGAAAUGGAUUGCGACGUAGAGACCAUGCAACAGACAAUAGAGGAUUUGGAAGUAGCCAGUGACCCUUUGUAUGUGCCUGACCCAGACCCCACCAAGUUUCCUGUUAAUAGAAAUUUAACUCGAAAGGCUGGAUACCUAAAUACUAGGAAUAAAACAGGCUUGGUGUCGUCUACCUGGGAUAGACAGUUUUACUUCACACAAGGUGGAAACUUAAUGAGUCAAGCCCGUGGAGAUGUGGCAGGAGGCCUGGCCAUGGACAUAGACAACUGUUCAGUGAUGGCUGUGGACUGUGAAGACAGACGAUACUGUUUUCAGAUCACUUCUUUUGAUGGAAAAAAAUCUUCAAUUUUGCAAGCAGAGAGUAAAAAAGACCAUGAAGAGUUAUAUCAAACUUUUUGUUUCUUAUUAAUUCUAAUCCUUUUUUUGAAAAAAUCAAAACAGGAAACUGCUGCACGAGUAAAUCAGUGUGCUCUGGAAGCUGUUACUCCUUCCCCAUCUUUCCAGCAGAGACAUGAGAGCUUGCGUCCAGCAGGACAAUCUCGACCACCAACAGCUCGAACUAGUAGUUCUGGAUCCUUAGGAUCAGAGUCCACAAACUUGGCUGCUCUUUCUCUAGAUUCUCUGGUUGCCCCAGAUACGCCAAUACAGUUUGAUAUAAUUUCUCCUGUGUGUGAAGAUCAGCCUGGACAGGCAAAAGCUUCUGGCCAAGGAGGCAGGCGUACAAAUCCAUUUGGAGAAUCUGGAGGAAGUAUAAAAUCAGAAGCUGAAGAUUCAAUUCUUCAUCAGUUAUUUAUUGUCCGAUUCCUUGGUUCUAUGGAGGUAAAGUCAGAUGACCAUCCAGAUGUUGUCUAUGAAACUAUGCGCCAGAUCUUAGCUGCUCGGGCCAUCCACAACAUCUUUCGGAUGACAGAAUCACAUUUAUUAGUCACUUGUGAUUGUUUAAAGUUAAUUGAUCCACAGACGCAAGUUACAAGGCUCACAUUUCCAUUACCAUGUGUAGUUUUAUAUGCUACACACCAGGAAAAUAAACGACUUUUUGGAUUUGUUCUCCGAACAUCAGGCGGCAGAAGCGAAAGUAAUUUGUCAUCAGUCUGCUAUAUAUUUGAAUCAAAUAAUGAAGGGGAAAAGAUUUGUGAUUCUGUUGGAUUGGCAAAACAGAUAGCUUUGCAUGCUGAACUGGAUCGUAGAGCAUCAGAAAAACAAAAAGAAAUAGAGAGAGUAAAAGAGAAGCAACAAAAAGAACUCAGUAAACAAAAACAAAUUGAAAAGGACUUGGAAGAACAAAGUCGGUUGAUAGCUGCUUCCAGUAGACCAAACCAAGCCUGUAGUGAGGGGCAGUUUGUUGUCCUUAGCAGUAGCCAGUCGGAAGAGAGUGAUUUGGGAGAAGAAGGAAAAAAAAGAGAAUCAGAAGCAUAAACUUGUCGUUGCCUUUUCAUUGACUCCCCUUCCCCUUUAUGGAGUUUGACAGUUUCUGUGGUGAAAUAGCACAAGGUAACAACUAUGUUGAAAUAUCAAGGAGGAGACUAAGCUUUAUAUUUGCUGUUUCAGCUUCAUUUUCAAGAAAUUGAACUUGAUAACUUAGGUUUACAUGGAGCUUUUUCCCUUAAAAAUAAAAUACUAUGCAUCAAUAUUAAAUUCCACUUCCCUAAACAAGACCUUAUUUUCUUGAAGUAGAUUAUUGAGGAAUUACCCUUAAGCAGGAUUUUUUUUUCCCUUCAAAUUGUGAACUUUUAUCUUGCCUUGUAAUUGGCUGUCCCAUAAGAAAAUAUCUCUUCUUUAGGUUGACAGGUUCAUGGGUGUGCUCCCUCCCUUUCAUGAGGAAUGUCUUGCUGGUAGUGAGGGAGUAUCCACUGAACUGCUUUAAAAUCAUUUCUGUAGAGAGUUCUACAAGUUUAAAAAUAUCAAUAUUAAAUUCUAUCAAUAUUAAGUGUGCAAUAGAGCUUGUAUAGCAUCACUAACACAGGUAUUUAAUGGUUUCCAAUAGCAGCAAGUGGUGCUGUUGAUUUCAGGGCAGUUUUUUGAUUGUUCCAUUUCUCUUUUGUUCAUGAUUGAUACCCUUGACAUUUUGUUACCGUAUUCUAAGUUCUCAGGUUGGGAUUUCAAUUAUUGCUGCAGAGCAGUAAUGGUUAGAAUAAGAUUUCAGAAAUCAUUAAAAGAGAUUUUUGUUUGUUCAAAUACAUUUUAGAUUAGGAUUGACAUGUAAAGAUACUGUUGCAGGAUGAUACAUUGCAUUUCUUUACUGUGUGAAAUAACUUAUUGAUAAUCACAUAACAUUUCAAAAGAUGUUCUAUAAUAGUUAUGUUUACUGCUUAGAAUAAAAAUGUGCAGUUUAGUUUAGAAAGUAUAAUCUUUUAAAUUUCAGAUUGAUAGUCCCAGUAUUUUCGUAAUCCCACAUUUUGAUAAUAUAUUGAAUUGCCACUUUAUAUCCAUAAAGGCAAAUAACUAAUUUAUGAGCAUAGAAUAAUUUGCACUAAUUAUUGUAAAUACUUAAACUUUGCAAAUGAGUAAAAGAUCUAACUCCAUGAAAGACUGAAAACAAAAUUGAAUGCCUGGUAUAGUGUACAGGAUCGACCAAGGAAGGAUCUUAGCCUUGGGCCAAGGUUAAAAUGACAUUUCUCUACAGUUUAUCUUCCAUGUCAAAACUUGAUUUCUCUUUCCUUACUGAGAUUUUAACUUUGCUCAUAGAAAUUAUUUUCAUGU